AUGCCGAGUCGCCAACGCCGCCCCACUGAGAAGGCUGAAGAGCCAAAAGCCAGUACACCUGCAGCAAUGGCAGCUACAGUCAUGGAGCAGCCGCCUCGGGUCCUCAAGAAGCUUCUGCACUGGAACGACUUGCCUCAUUGGCAACGCGACAACCAUCACAUCCAUAGCGGAUAUCGACCAGCCUCGUUCUCGUUCCUGGUCUCUUUCCAAUCGCUGACAUACAUACACAAUGAGACGGUUAAUAUAUAUACGCAUCUACUGCCAUCAUUGCUGGCUGUCCCCGGGGCAAUCUUGCUUCAUCGCGUUCUAGCACCUCGUUACGAGACGGCUACCCAGGCUGACAUCAUUAGCUUCGCCUGCUUCUUUGCGGGAGCUGCUGUAUGUCUGGGGAUGUCUGCGACGUACCAUACUAUUUCGAACCACUCGCCGACUGUUGCGCGCAUAGGAAAUACCCUUGAUUACGCUGGUAUCGUAGCUCUGAUUGUGGGCAGUUUCGUCCCUAGUGUAUACUAUGGGUUCUAUUGUGAGCCUGGACUGCAACGACUAUAUUGGACAAUGAUCUGCAGCAUUGGGAUUGGCUGUGUGUUUGUUUCGAUUAUGCCCCAGUUUCGGACUCCCCGUUGGCGGCCAUUCCGCGCCGCCAUGUUUGUUGGCAUGGGCCUAUCAGCGGUGGUUCCCGUCAUCCACGGGCUACGGAUGUAUGGGGUGGAACAGAUGACGCGCCAGAUAGGGCUCGGGUGGCUGCUACUUCAGGGAUUCUUGUAUAUCCUGGGAGCUGGGAUCUACGCCGCUCGGGUCCCCGAACGUCUGCGACCGGGCCAGUUCGAUCUUUGGGGCAGUUCGCAUCAGAUCUUUCAUGUGCUGGUGGUGUGUGCUGCUGUGGCUCAUCUGACUGGGCUACUGAGGGCAUUUGACUACAGACACAGUGGGAUUGCCGAGAGCUGCUCCUGGCACUGA